AUACACUUGACGUUUAACCUCACCAAUGUUAGGCUUAGGCCUGUUUUUCGGUCUAUGUUAAAUAGCGUAAAAUUUAUAAAAAUCAAGAAAAAUAUAACUUAAAAAGAUGUCUUUCAAAAAAGAUUUGCGACAGCUACUGAAACCUUACUACUGGGUGAACAUUAUAUUAAGCAUAACUUAUGUAGUUUCUAAGAGGACUCCGUUAAUUUGCAACUUCCUAUUCCCGGAGGCGGAUUGUGAGUUAGACACUCGCGAGACGGAAAUCCUGUUCUUUCUGGUGAUUGUCGUGAUGCUGCGGACUCGGAAGGCGGGCAGUGUCACGAUGGUUAACUAUCUGUCGUCUUCUUUCGUGUACACGAAGAUCGCAAACUUAAUAUUGUGGUUGUACGCAGAUGUUAGAUACGGAUUGCCAUUUGGAGCGUUAAUGAUUUUAAGCUCCCUCUUGAUCCCGGAACCAUCGUACACAGGCCCAGAGCAUGUCACCUACUUCAGAGGUCCAGAGACACUAGAGCAAGAGCUGAGCCACAACCCGAGUACCACAUGGCUUGUCUGUUUGUACGCAGCAUGGCAUCCAGCUUGUGUGAACUUUGCGCCAGUAUUCGCUGAACUGUCUGCAAGCUAUAGUCUGGACAACUUUAAGUUCAGCAAACUUGAUGUAGGAAGAUACCCGGAAGCUGCUAAGAAGUACCGGAUACAUGACGGACCUACGAGCAGGCAGCUACCAACUGUUCUGCUGAUGGUGGACGGAAAGGAGAAGAUGAGAAGACCUCAGCCGGACUCCAAUAGCAAACUGCAGAAGUUCCUGUUUUCGAAAGACAACAUGAAGGCAAGUUUCGACCUUGACGGCAUAUACCAGGAUUGCAAGAAUAAGUUGGCUGCAAAGUCGAACAAGAAGACCGAAUAGACCAAGAAGAGAAGACCGCAGUAGACUGUAAUGUAACUAGCCAAUCUGCCAUGUUUUAAGUGCUGCCAAGAUGCGGGAAGAGAGUUUUCAGAGAGAGAGAGAGAGAAUUCAUAUCUCUUACCAAUUUUAGGUUUUUUAAUGUAAAAAUAUUUUUUCGUUGUAAGGGUUUAUUCAGGUUUCUGGUCUGGGUGCUGGCUUCGGCCGCGGCUAGUUACCACCCUAGCGAUAAACACGUGCGGUACGAUGACGCGUAGAAACCGUUUAGGGUUAUGGAUUUAAUACAGAAAAAAAUCUAUAUUCUAAGGAACUGUUUGAGAUACGUACCUAAUAUGAGAGUUUUGGAAAGUUUAUACUUUCUAAAAUCAUUUGUCAUAAUCGAACCAAAUAUUUAUUAAAAGAUCUGAUAAUGUUUUAGUUUUAAAUUAUUAAGAUGUUAAAAUUAUUUUUUACACUUCUACAAUUUUAAUGACAUGCGUGAAAUCAGCUUAAGCCGGGUCCAGACUCGUAUAAUUUGCUCGAUACGAUCACAGUUUUAUUAAUGACCUAAUGAUGACAUAAUAAUAUAUUAUAUACUGUUUUUAUAGAAAUAAUUGACAGACCAAGCAGAUAGCGAGUGGAAAAGCAAUGCCUAUGAACCGACCACGCUAUACGAAAUGCCGACCCAUGUCCAUCAAUUUCCACAUGGUCGAUUUUCAGAUGGACACUUGCCGAUACCACCCCACCUAUAUGAGGGGUUGCUACGGCGUCACCGGGGGAGUGGGGCGA